AUGUCAAGCGCCUUCGUCAGAAACUUGUAUUUCCAGACGAAAGAUCUCGGCAAGGAAGUGACACUCCUGCUGACUUUUGAUAGCGACGUGAAGGGCAUCUACCAGACAUGCUUUCCCGCCAUAUGCUGGCUCACCACCUUCGGACAAACAGGCUCGUACAGGAUGCAUGCAAACUACACGAGCCAGCUUGCUUUUUCCAGACCACAAGUUACAGAUGGGAACAUAAUUGAGGCUGAAACCUGCAUGGAGAUCAACGUGGGAGACUCUCAUCUGCUCUGCGAACACUCAAUCGAACGCCGUCAUUUCUCUAUUCCUGUGAAGGGAGUCUCUGGUUACCUGGAAUUCCGGAACGAUACUGGUUCCGUUCAAGAUAUCGCACUCGGCUUUAUGAGCCCGAGAGACUUGAUGCCUAGGCCAAUUUUAUACUUCAAGGAAAUUGAACACGCCAGUAACAUCACGAUUAAGUUCACUUCGAUCCUGCGCGCCUACAUCACUUCAGAUUAUAAACACACCGCAAUCUUGCAGGGAGCCAUCGACACUCCUGCGAUCUGGGAGCAAAAUCUCGCUGCGCUUUCUGAGUCCACGACAUGGGACCUCAAACGGGACCCAUCCACUGGACAUUACAAGAUCACUCAGGCUGAUCAAGGCAUGUCAAAUUCGAGCACUCAAUUAACUGUUGUUGGGGGUCUGUAUCUCAGGUUUCUUCCUGUUUUCGCAUUAUCCUUAUCUGCAGUCCCAACAGCAUGA